UUUUAAUAAGAACAAGAAAAAAUAUGGACAAGCAGACUUAUUUGCCUUCUGUAGAGAAUGACAAGAUCAAUACUACCGGACACCUGCAAGACAGUGGUCUUGGAACUGCUCCUGGACCCUUCUGGAAAACAUAUUUUCCGAGAUACACAGUAAAGACGUCAGGCCCUGUAUUUAUUGAAGAACGUCCUACUGUAUUUCAUUGUCUAUUGAUGGGUGUUCAGCACGUCUUGGCAAUGUUUGGUUCUACAGUUAUUGCACCAAUGUUGAUGGGCUUGGAUACCAACACUGCCCUAUUCUUCUCCGGAAUCGGAACCCUGAUUUUCUUUUGCAUCACAGGUGGAAGAGUUCCUUCUUACCUUGGUUCCUCUUUCGGUUUCAUUGGCGUCGUUGCAUCAUCUACCGGAUAUACCUACACUCCAACUGCCGGCCCCAAUCCCCACAUCGAUGUUGCUGCAGGUGGAAUCCUAAUUUGCGGUCUUGUUCUUGCUGCCAUUGGUGUCAUUGUUCUUAUUGCAGGCCAUCAAUGGAUUGAAGUCAUCAUGCCUCCUGUUGUCACCGGAACUGUCGUAUUGACUAUUGGUGUUCACUUGUCCACCUCUGCUUUCACAAGCGCAACCCAGACCUCUUUUGACGGCUGGAUGGCCUUUACAACAAUCAUGAUCAUCUCAUUGACAAGCGUUUACGCCCCUGGUGCAUUCAGACGUCUCCCUAUUUUGGUGGGCAUGGUUAUUGGCUACCUGAUUCACUUUGCCUGCAGUCGCACCGGUGCCGCCCCCGAAAUCGACUACACCCAAGUCUACAACGCAAAGUGGUUCGCAGCCCCUACAUUCGUAAAGCCUGUAUUCGAAGCCAAGGCCAUCUCAACCAUCGUACCUGUCUGUGUGGUCUUGCUGGCCGAAAACCUGGGCCACAUCAAGGCUGUCGGUGCCAUGGCCGAAACCUCGCUUGACAAAUACUUUGGACGUGCUAUUCUCGGUGACGCCAUCUCGACCAUCGUGUCUUCGGCCGGCGGUGGACCCGGUACCACAACCUAUUCUGAGAACAUUGGUGUCAUGGCUGUCACAAAGGUCUUCUCGACUCUCAUUUUCCUUAUUGCUGCCCUCAUUGCUGUCCUGUUGGGUUUCAUUCAAAAGUUUGGUGCUGCAAUCAACACGAUCCCGAGCGGUGUGUUCGGCGGUCUGUCGAUCAUUCUGUUUGGCUUGAUUACUGUGUCUGGAGCAAGAAUUUGGGUCGAGAACGGCGUUGAUUUCAAGGACUCGCGAAACAUGCUUGUGGCCGGUAUUCCGGUUGUCAUCGGUGCCUCGAUGCAGACGACUCUGAAGUGGGGUAACUUCCAGCUCGAUGGCAUUGGAUUGCCCACCUUCUGCUGUAUCCUUCUCUACCAGAUCCUCCGUGGUACAGACAACCUCAAGGCUCUCUACCAAAAAGUCAAGGACCGCAAGAACCGUCGCAAACAGCAAGACAGUGUUUCUGAACUUGAAGAAAAGCAGAUCGAGUAA